GCGGGGGCUGCUGGGAGAGGCCGGAAGCGGCGCUGUUGCCGCGGCGGCGGCGGCGGCGGCGGCGGUUCCAAGAUGGCGGUGCAGGAGUCGGCGGCGCAGCUCUCCAUGACGCUGAAGGUGCAGGAGUACCCCACGCUCAAGGUACCUUACGAAACGUUGAACAAACGGUUCCGGGCUGCUCAGAAGAACAUCGAUCGGGAAACCAGCCACGUGACCAUGGUGGUGGCCGAGCUGGAGAAGACCCUGAGCAGCUGCCCAGCUGUGGAUUCGGUGGUCAGUCUCCUGGACGGAGUGGUGGAAAAACUCAGCGUCCUGAAACGGAAGGCCGUCGAGUCGAUCCAGGCGGAGGACGAGAGCGCGAAACUAUGCAAACGCAGAAUCGAGCAUCUUAAAGAACACAGCAGCGACCAGCCUGCGGCCGCCAACAUGUGGAAGAAAAAACGGAUGGACCGCAUGAUGGUGGAACAUCUCCUGCGGUGUGGCUAUUACAACACUGCUGUGAAAUUAGCCAGGCAGAGCGGCAUUGAGGACUUGGUAAAUAUCGAGAUGUUCCUAACUGCCAAAGAAGUAGAAGAAUCCUUGGAAAGACAAGAAACCAUGACCUGUUUAGCUUGGUGCCAUGAUAACAAGUCUAGGCUCAGGAAAAUGAAGAGUUGUCUGGAAUUCAGUCUAAGGAUUCAGGAGUUCAUAGAGCUUAUUCGACAGAACAAGAGACUGGAUGCUGUAAGACACGCACGGAAGCAUUUCAGCCAGGCCGAAGGGAGCCAGCUGGACGAAGUGCGGCAGGUGAUGGGGAUGUUAGCCUUUCCUUCGGAUACUCACAUCUCCCCUUACAAGGAUCUCCUGGACCCUGCUCGGUGGAGGAUGCUCAUCCAGCAGUUUAGAUACGAUAACUACAGGUUGCAUCAGCUGGGGAAUAACUCCGUCUUUACCAUAACACUCCAGGCUGGCCUGUCUGCCAUAAAAACACCACAGUGUUACAAAGAGGACGGCACUUCCAAAAACCCCGACUGUCCGGUGUGUAGCAAAUCCCUCAAUAAGCUGGCUCAGCCCCUGCCUAUGGCCCACUGUGCCAACUCCCGGCUAGUCUGCAAGAUUUCAGGAGACGUGAUGAAUGAGAACAACCCCCCUAUGAUGCUCCCCAACGGAUACGUCUACGGAUACAACUCCUUGCUUUCUGUUCGUCAGGAUGACAGAGUCGUUUGCCCGCGAACCAAAGAGGUCUUCAGUUUCUCCCAGGCCGAGAAAGUCUUCAUUAUGUAAAAAAAAAAAAAAAAGGGGGGGGGGGCCUUUCUCACGCGCAAACGAAGUGCCACCGGAUUUUGACACGAUUUAUUCGAGCCGUGCGCGCCCUGUAAACCAGAGAUCUUGGGGAGUAAACGCGCGGCAGAGAAAAGCUGCGACUCGGGAGGGACGGGACGGGGUGGGGAAACGGAGGCUUCGUUGGUGGCAUUUCUUUUCUUUCUCCUUGCGACCAAAGAUCCGUGAGCAAAAAAAAAAAAAGAGAAACCAACACAACACACUCUUGAGAAAAAGCGAGGAAGUGCGACUCAAGUUAACAAAAAGAAAAAAGAAAAAGAGUUGCACUCGGAGGGAACAAAUUUUGAAUGUUUGGAUUUUUGUAAGCCCAAUUGGGUUUUUUUUGUUUUGUUUUUUUCCCCACUCAAAUACUCAUCCAGGGGAAGCAGCUUACUCAAACCAGGUCAUUUUCCCAUGUGAGAGAGAGAGAGAGAGAGAAAUAACUUUAGAUCUCAAAGGUUCUACCUGUGUGUGAAAUAUUGUAUGAUUUAAAGGUGACACAAUAUGCAAAGCUACCAGAAGACGCACCCGAGGGCUGGUUUCAGCUUUCAGGUGCGUAUCCGUCUGGUGUCUUUCGGGACCCACAUGCCACGCAAGCCACUUUCCCCUUCCAAUGUGUGGUGGUGUCACCAACUGGAAGCACGCACCCAGCUGUGCAAAAAAA